AUUUCAACAUCGAUAAAGUUGAUAAGUUGACAAAAUUUCUUGUUGUUCGAUUUACUAUUAUAAAAGUAUACAGUGUUUAAUUGAUGAAACGUAAAGCAUCAACAGAUUCUUCUCCGUUGUUGAAAGAUCAGACAACAUGUGUCACAGGAAAACAGCAAGAAAGAAAAAUUCAUUUGGCAGUUGUCAGUGGAAUUUUUGCAACUACCGGAAGUCUGUUUGGUAAAUUUACAAGUAACGUUGAAAUGGAUUCUUUACUUGGGUUGCUGUUUAAAACAGUGCUGUUAAUAUUGAUGGUAACAAGCAACACUGUCGGCUGCACAUUUUUCGUGAAAGCGCUGAAUGCCAGCGGAUCUUCUUUACCAUGCACAAUCGCCAGCGCCGCUACGAGCUACGUUUGUUCGGCAUUAGUCGGUUCUUUGAUCUUCAAUGAAUCCACGUCUCUCACUUGGUGGUGUGGUAUAUCUUUCGUUAUUCUGGGCUUAUUGCUAGUCUGUCACAAUCCAUCUAAACAGGAGACUGUGGAAAAACCAAAGGAAGAAUAAUUAAAGAUCUUUUAGACGAUAUUUAUUUUAAAAGCAAUGGAAGAUGCGAAAGAAACGACAGAGAAACCAGCAGUGAAAAAAAUAUCUGAAGUAGCACUUGUUUUAGUGAGUAAAGUGGAUCUCCGCACUUGUAAUAGCAGCGGAUAAGAAACGCGAGGAAAAAAAGAAUAGAAGAUUCUUCCGCCCUAUUUCCUUCUACAUAUGGACUAUAUAAAUACUUCGCUUUUUGGUUGGAUUACAUCCAAGAUCCUCUCAAAGUUUUUCAAUAACAUUUUUUCUGUGCUUCAUUGAAUAUAUAUAAUUGUUGUACUUUAAUUAACGAAAUCAGAUAUUCCAAUUCUGUUACAAGCACUCAUUCUACAGAGAGAUUCAAAUUUUCAAAUUGUCAAAAGAGAUUAAAGGAUUUAGGUAUGUAGGAAUUCUAAUUUAAUAAAUAUUCAAAUUUUCAGCGGCAGAUAAUUGAAUGUUUGCCCAAACAUGCGCUGCAUAGACGAAAUUCCAUUCACAUGGACCGUUUCCUGCUAUAAUCUCGUCCAGUGCCAUAUAUCGAGAUUUCGCUUCACUUUA